AUGGUCAAAGGGAAAGGCAAGCGCCCUUCGGGCGCUAACGAGCCCAUCCCUGAUGGAGGUGUCUCACUUUCCGAAUCCCAGUCUACGCCUAGCGAGCCUCAGAUCGACGAGAGCGCCUUCGCCGGUCUACGCCAGAAAAUUGAGCAACGAUUGAAGGACCAGAGCUCCGCCAAGGGAAAAUCGAAGAAGAACGACAAGUCAAAUGCUCCGGCUCAGCCCACGCCUACAAAGCAAGAGAAGGAAGUUGCUCCUAAGGCUGGUAAAGCCAAGGAUGCUUCUGCGCAUGGCAAGAAGCGGGAUCGCAAUGGAGAAGUGAUUGCUCGCGAGGACAAGAAGGAAGGAAAGAACAAGAUUGUCAAGUCGCCUAAGAAGGGCGGUGAUGAUGAAACCCUCCGACAAGAGAUCUUGGCCAUGGGCGGCACCGAGGAGGACCUUGAGCUUCUCGCCGAUGUCGACUCCGAGUCAGAGGUUGAGGGUGUCAACGCCAAGAGUGGUGAUAAUGACCUUCGGAAAGAACUUUCAAAGCUGUUGGAGGCUGCAGGUCAUGUUGUGCCCCAAGACUUAGCCGAUGAUGAAGUCGAGGAGGAAGAAGAGGAAGAGGAGGAGGAGGAAGAGGAUGCCGAAGAAGAUGGUGAAGACGUCGAGAUUAGCGAUGUCGAGGAGAGCGUGCCUGAAGAUGUUUCCGAAAUGUCGGAAGUUGAGGAGGCGCCCAAGCCCAAGGAAAGGCAACCCGAAAUUAUGAUCCCUAAGGAAUAUGCCUCACUGGCCAUCCUCCCUCGUUCCGAUUGGUACGCAGCUCCUGUUCCUAAAGUUGCCAGCGGUAAUGCGAAGCAAAUGACUGCCCUUCCCCGACACUUGGUUGACCGCAUCCACGAGCUCGCCAAUUCGCUUCUGCAAGAAGAGAAUGAGAAAUACGCCAAAGCCCAGCAAACCUCGGCUUCGUCGUCCCACAAGUUCUACACCACCAUUAUGGCCUCUGGUACCCUGAGCGAUAAGAUUUCCGCAUUAACUCUUGCUGUUCAAGAGUCGCCGCUGCACAAUACGAAGUCUCUCGAGGCCUUGAUCGCCCUGGGCCGCAAGCGCAGUCGUGCGCAAGCAGUUGAGGUACUUCGUUCAUUGAAGGAUAUGUUUGCUCAGGGAACCUUGUUGCCCAGUGACCGUCGUCUGAAGGCAUUUGCUAACCAGCCAUCCCUGGUCGCUGCCUUCCAAGGCGCUGGUGGUCGCUGGACCGAGCGUGACCCGCUCCCUGGAGGUCUACAGAAGAGCCACCUCAUGCUUUGGGCUUUUGAGAACAUUGUCAAGGACCAGUUCUUUGAGGUCCUCAAGAUUCUUGAGAUCUGGUGUAAUGAUGAGAUUGAGUUCUCACGAACCCGUGCUGUCAGUUAUGUUUACGAGCUCCUCAAGGAGAAGCCAGAGCAAGAAGCCAACUUAUUGCGUCUGCUGGUCAACAAACUUGGAGAUCCUGGCAAGAAGAUUGCUUCGCGUGCCUCUUACCUUCUCCUGCAGCUAGAGCAGACGCACCCCAUGAUGAAGCCCUUGAUUAUCAAGGCCGUUGAGGAGCUCUUGUUCCGUCCUGGCCAGAGCCAGCAUGCAAAGUACUACGCCAUCAUCACCCUUAACCAGACUGUCCUCAGCCAAAAGGAACAAAAGGUUGCUGCGCAGUUACUUGACAUUUACUUUUCUAUGUUUGUUACCCUCUUGAAGCCAGCGCAGUCCACUCAGCCUAGCUACAAGGGAAAGCCAAAUGGCAAGAAGGGCCCUAAGGGCAAGGCUCCUCCCAAGGGAGAAAAGGGAGAAGCCCAGACCGAUGAAAUGCGCGAGAAGCUCACCUCUGGUGUCUUGACCGGUGUCAACCGCGCGUAUCCGUUCACUGACUCUGAUUCUGACCGACUCUCGAAGCACAUUGACACUCUCUUCCGCAUCACCCACUCCUCGAACUUCAACACCAGCAUCCAGGCCCUGAUGCUGAUCCAGCAACUUACCGCCUCUCACCAAGUUGGCAAUGACCGCUUCUACCGCACCUUGUACGAGUCGCUACUGGAUCCCCGUGUCACCACCUCCUCUAAGCAGUCACUCUACCUCAACGUUUUGUUCAAGGCUCUUAAGAACGAUUUGAAUGUUCGCCGAGUCAAGGCAUUUGUCAAGCGUAUCGUUCAAGUCCUCGGACUGCACCAGCCUGCCUUUGUUUGCGGUGUUUUCUACCUGAUCCGCGAGCUGGAGAAGACUUUCACUAGCCUUUCUUCUCUGUUCGACCAGCCCCAGGCGAAUGACAGCGAUGACGAGGAAGUCUUCCGUGACGUUCCUGACGAAGACGAUGAGCAGCCUGAGCCUACUCCUGUCGUUGAAACCACACCCAAGAAGUCUGCCAACACUUAUGAUCCUCGCAAGCGUGAUCCUGAGCACAGCAACGCUGACAAGACCUGUCUCUGGGAAUUGCUACCCUACACUUCUCACUUCCAUCCCUCUGUUUCCGUCAAUGCCGUGAACCUCUUGGAGCACAACCCUAUGAGCGGAAAGCCAGAUUUGACUAUUCAUACCCUUACCCACUUCUUGGACCGCUUCGUUUACCGCACUCCCAAGGCCAACGCUGCAUCCCGUGGAGCCUCUAUCAUGCAGCCUCUCGCUGGUGGUGACGCCGCCGACCGGUUGGUGGAGGCUGCCAAGUCUGGCCAGCAGGCUAUGCCUUUCAACUCCGAGAACUUCUGGAAGAAGAAGGCUGACCAGGUCGCCGCGGAGGAUGUCUUCUUCCACGAGUACUUCAACCGUGUCAACAAGGACAAGACCCGUGCCAAGAAGGGCAAGGCUACCGAAGCCCGUGACAGUGAUGAUGAGGCUGACCCCGAGGGCGUCAGCGACAAUGAGGACGAGAUCUGGAAGGCCAUGGUUGGCUCCCGACCUGACCUGGAAGCCGCCGACGAUAGCGAUGACGAUCUGGACCUGGACGAUCUGGAAUCUGCCUACGAUGAUGAUGAGGAUGAGGUUGACAUCGAGGGUAGCGAUGAUGAGGUCAUCUUCAACGACGAGUCCGACGUUCCCUCCGACGAGGAGAUGGAAGACUUCGAUGGCUUCGACGAGGAAGAGGAGGCCCCUGUCUCCAAGAAGGCCAAGAAGCCCGUCAAGGAGGAGAAGCCGAAGAAGAAGGUCGAGGAGGAAGACGAAGAGGACGCCUUCGACAUGGAUGUCUCGGACGACGAGGCAUUCCUCGACAGCGACGACGAUCUGCCCUCGGACAUGGAGCUCGGUGGUGUGGACCUGGAAGCCGUCGAAGCCGCAGCUGCUCCUUCGGACUCGAAGAAGAAGCGCCGCAAGCUCAAGCACCUGCCUACCUUCGCCUCGGCCGACGACUACGCAGCCCUGCUGGCGGACGAGGAGGAUGGUAUGUAA